UUUCAUGGCUACCCGUUAGAAAGAGUCCAAUGACAGUGGAUGGAUAUCGAGCGACUCGAAGCGCCGACGCCGGUUAUUCGGUCUCUCUUGUCGUACGAAUACUACUUUCCUCUCUGUCCUAUUCGUGCACCGAUCGCCCUUCAUCGUUCCACCACAUUGUUCUCAUCCUCCUUCGUAUUGCGAACGCCCAGUUGAGCGCGAAAGCUCGCUAGACGCGGAUCGUAUGUAAUACAACGACGCAACGAAAAUUAAAUAUUAUUAUCCUUAAACUAGAGGUUGAACUUCGACGAAGGUAGAAAGUUUGAAAGAAAGAGAAGUAUAAAAAGAAAGAAUUUAUUUUCAAGAUUAUCAGAAGAGCUCGAUUUUCAAAGGGUAAAAGGGCUAGAGUUGAAAGAGAUAGAGAUAGAAAGAGAGAGCGAGCGAGCGAGAGAGAGAGAGAGAGAGAGAGAGAGAGAAAGAGAGAGCAUAAGGCUUGUCAAGAAAAGAUAGAAAGAGAGAGAGAGAGAGAGAGCAUAAGUUUUGUCAAGAAGAGAGAAAGAGAGAGAAGGAGAGAGAGAGAGAGAGAGAGAGACAGAGAAAAAGAGGGAGAAAGAGAGAGAGAGAGAUAGAGAGAAAAUCGUGCUUCGCACAAAUAGCAAGGGCCGCGCAUUACUCGGAAGGGGCAACACAGUGUGAGAUUUUAGAAGGCAUUGACAUCGGUAGCAAAGCGGGGGAGGCAAAAGACCAACUGGUUGCACCGAAAAGUCGGCGUAGUGUCAUGAGAGGCGGUCUCACGGUCCGCCCUUUUAAUCGGUCCCUCCUGAAGUCAUGCAUGUCGCGCCCUUCAAACGAGCUACCGUUGGACAUGACCCGCAGACGAACAACGGCAGUCAGGCACAGCAACAACAGCAACAACUUCAAUGGUUGGGAAGCCCAGGUGAAACGACGCUCAUAUCACGGAUUGCUCGGAGUAGCAACAGCAACGGUAGUGGCGGUAGUGGGUGGGAAGGGGUUAAAUCAUCGUCGUUACCGCAACAUCAACAACAACAACAACAAAGGCGGAGGCGCCAAGAAGAGCAACAAGGCGAAUCUGGAGGUGUGGGGGAUGACGAAGACGGGGGUGGAGGGAGCGGAGGGGUGGAGGGGACGGACCCAGAGGCGAACCACGCUGUUCACCUCAAGAGACGGGUGGGACUCGUCAGUGGGGUGGCUUUAAUCGUUGGCACCAUGAUCGGAUCAGGGAUAUUCGUUUCGCCAUCGGGCCUCCUAGUUCGAACCGGCAGCGUCGGAGUUAGCUUCUUCGUAUGGACGGCCUGUGGGCUUUUGAGCUUGUGCGGUGCACUCGCUUAUGCGGAGCUUGGCACGAUGAACACCAGCAGCGGCGCAGAAUACGCUUAUUUCAUGGACGCCUUUGGUGCACCACCGGCUUUCCUUUUCUCCUGGGUUUCUACCCUGGUAUUGAAACCAUCGCAAAUGGCGAUAAUCUGUCUCUCCUUCGCCCAAUACGUCGUUGAAGCUUUCGUAGCGGACUGCGAUCCUCCCGACGAGGUGGUCAAGCUGGUCGCUCUCCUUGCGAUCGUUCUUAUACUUCUGGUGAAUUGUUACAGCGUUAAUCUGGCAACCGGAGUACAAAAUGCUUUCACCGCAGCGAAACUCAUUGCUAUACUUGUAGUUAUCGUCGGCGGUGCGUACAAGUUGAUACAGGGAAACACGCAACACCUGAAAGGAGCCUUAGAUACCAUGGACGGUAGUAACGUUAACUUCGGUAGACUCGCUACCGCUUUUUAUACGGGUCUAUGGGCCUACGACGGCUGGAAUAAUUUGAAUUACGUUACGGAGGAAAUCAAGGAUCCAUCGAAGAAUCUACCAAGGUCUAUUAUGAUUGGGAUACCUCUUGUUACGCUUUGUUACGCACUGAUUAAUAUUUCUUAUUUGGCGGUUAUGUCGCCUUCGGAGAUGAUUGAAAGCGAGGCUGUUGCUGUGACAUUUGGGAAUCGGAUACUCGGCGUAAUGGCAUGGCUUAUGCCUUUAUCGGUUGCUAUUAGUACUUUUGGUUCCGCCAAUGGAACUCUUUUUGCGGCAGGUAGACUUUGUUUUGCUGCAUCCAGAGAGGGACACUUGCUCGAUUGCUUAAGUUAUGUACAUGUACGCCGUUUUACGCCUGCGCCAGGCCUUAUAUUUCAUUCUAUCGUUGCAGGUGCAAUGGUCGUUUCUGGAAAUAUAGAUUCCUUAAUUGAUUUCUUUUCCUUUACCGCUUGGAUUUUCUAUGGUGGAUCGAUGUUAGCUUUGUUGGUGAUGCGAAGAACAAGACCAAAUCAUCCAAGACCUUACAAAUGUCCCUUGAUCAUACCCGCACUUGUACUUGUAAUCUCUGCGUACCUGAUAGUGGCACCCAUCAUCGACAAGCCUCAAAUCGAGUACUUAUAUGCAACCGGAUUUAUUUUCGCAGGCAUGUUUGUUUAUCUACCUUUUGUGAAAUAUGGUUACGUGCCGAAAUUUAUGGAAGGAGUAAAUGCUUUUCUUCAAAUGUUAUUAGAGGUGGCGCCAACCGCAGCUGCUUUCGAUUGAUUCCAAUAUAAAACAUCGAAAAUGAUUUUUUAAAGAUUUUAUCAUUCCACUGUGGCAUAUUUAAAAUGUACAUGUGAGAAUAUAUUUUUAAUGUACGUACAGAAACAAAAAUACCGUUUUAUCGAUGCUCGAAGUUUGCUUGGAUUGAUCCAAGAACAUACAUAAAAAUAUUAUUUUAUUACUCGUUAUUCUUCUUACAUAAUAUACAAUAUAUAGAGGACGUUGUUAGACAUAGAUGAUUGAUGUUAUAAUGACAACGAUGAGUUAACAAAAGAUAUUUUAAAUGUUUAUGGUUAUAAAUCUACUUCUUAUUUUUAACAAGUGCAUCUUUGUGUACUUUUCCAUACAUUCCUAAAAUACCCGAAUUUUUCUUUUGUUUUGUCCUACUUUUAUGUUUCAUUAAACUUUUACUAAGUCCUGA